AUGCUUCCUUUUGAAGAUGACGACCGCGAUGAAGAAGCAGAGCUUUUGGAAGAUAUUGAUGACCUUGACGAAAUGGCAGAGGAAGGAGAGGGCAUUGAUCUGUUCGGCGACAGCUUCGAAAGAGACUACACGAGCAGAGAAGACGAUCGUUAUCAGGGAGCCGACAUUGAUGACGAAGAACAAGAAGAGCUAGACAUAGGCACACGUCGCCAACUGGAAGCUCGCUUGAACAGGAGAGAUCGGGAACUGGCACGGCGCAGUCGCAUGCCUCGUGCUUUUCUGCAAGACGACGAUGACCAAAACAUAGAUCUUACUCGCCAGCCUCGCCGGCGGAGGCAUCACUACGACGAGGACCGAGAAGAUAUUGAUAUGGGUGAAGGUGGCAUGGAAGACCUGUCAUUGGAAGAGAUGAUGGAUAUCAAGGCCCCUAAUGUCACAGACUGGGUGUUGCAGCCCCAAGUCCUGCGCUCCAUCUACCGAGAAUUCAAGGCGUUCUUGACCGAGUUCACUGACGACUCCGGUGCUUCGGUGUACGGAAACAAGAUCAAGACUCUUGGUGAGGUUAACUCGGCCUCUCUCGAAGUCUCCUACGAUCACUUGUCCAGCACUAGGGCUGUGUUGGCAUACUUCGUGGCCAAUGAGCCCACCGAGGUUCUGAAAGUUUUCGAUCAAGUUGCUCUCGAUGUCACAUUAUUCCAUUACCCCCAGUACCACGACAUCCAUAAUGAGAUCCACGUUCGCAUCAUCGAUCUUCCUACCAUCAGUACUCUCCGUCAAUUGCGCCAGUCUCAUCUCAACUCCCUUGUGCGUGUCACUGGUGUCGUCACGCGCCGCAGUGGUGUGUUCCCGCAAUUGAAGUAUAUCAUGUUCGUUUGUGGCAAAUGUAAUAUCACUCUGGGGCCGUUCCAGCAGGAAGCCAGCCAGGAAGUAAAGAUUUCCUACUGCCAGAACUGCCAGUCCAAGGGGCCGUUCACCGUUAACUCAGAGAAGACGGUUUACCGCAACUACCAGAAGAUGACUCUUCAAGAAUCGCCUGGCUCCGUCCCCGCCGGACGACUUCCACGCCAACGUGAAGUGAUCCUUCUUGCAGACCUCAUUGAUUCCGCCAAGCCUGGUGACGAAGUUGAAGUGACUGGUAUCUACCGCAACAGCUACGAUGCCCAGCUCAACAACAAGAAUGGAUUCCCUGUGUUCGCCACUAUUAUCGAAGCAAAUCAUGUUAUCAAGUCUCACGACCAGCUGGCUGGUUUCCAUUUAACUGAAGAAGAUGAGCGUGAAAUCCGCGCCCUCUCGCGAGACCCAGAAAUCGUGGACAAGAUCGUCCGUUCCAUUGCUCCCAGUAUCUACGGCCACCAAGACGUGAAAACAGCCGUCGCUCUCUCCCUCUUUGGUGGUGUUAGCAAGCAAGCCCAAGGAAAGAUGUCGAUCCGUGGAGAUAUCAACGUCCUACUGCUCGGUGAUCCCGGUACUGCCAAAUCUCAAUUCCUUAAAUACGUUGAGAAGACCGCCCACCGUGCUGUCUUUGCAACGGGUCAAGGUGCCAGUGCCGUCGGUUUGACAGCCAGCGUGCGCCGCGACCCGCUAACCAGCGAAUGGACUCUGGAAGGUGGUGCUCUCGUUCUUGCAGACCGCGGUACAUGUCUGAUCGAUGAGUUCGACAAGAUGAACGACCAAGACCGUACCUCCAUCCACGAAGCCAUGGAACAGCAAACAAUCUCCAUCUCCAAAGCUGGUAUCGUCACCACACUGCAAGCUCGCUGCGCCGUUGUCGCAGCAGCAAACCCCAUCGGCGGCCGUUACAACAGUACUGCACCUUUCAACGCCAACGUCGAGCUCACUGAACCCAUUCUCUCUCGUUUCGACAUCCUUUGCGUCGUCCGCGAUCUCGUGGAUCCUGCUGAAGACGAACGCCUUGCCAACUUCGUUGUAGAAUCCCACCAUCGCGCCAACCCAGCCCGUCCCCUGCGAGACGAAGAAGGCAACCUAAUCGAUAGCGACGGCAACCGCAUCGAUGAAGAAGGCUAUCGCCUCGAUAAGGAUGGGAACCGCCUGCCAUUCACCCCCGAAGAAAUCGCCGCUCGUGAAGCUGCAAACCGCAAAAUCGAAGAAGAAAAAGAGGGCGAAAUCCCCCAGGAACUCCUUCGCAAAUACAUUCUUUACGCCCGUGAACGCUGCCACCCGAAGCUCUACCAAAUCGAUCAAGACAAGAUUGCCCGUCUUUUCGCAGACAUGCGUCGCGAAUCCCUCGCAACUGGCGCAUACCCCAUUACCGUUCGUCACUUGGAAGCCAUCAUGCGUAUCGCAGAAUCCUUCUGCAAGAUGCGUCUAUCGGAAUACUGCUCCAGUCAAGACAUCGACCGCGCAAUAGCAGUAACAGUCGACUCUUUCAUCGGCAGUCAGAAGGUUUCCUGCAAGAAGGCUCUCUCUCGCGCUUUUGCCAAGUACACAUUAUCUAGACCUAAGCCUCAGUCGAGACGGAAAGCGGGUAUUGCUGCGCCGAAUCCUUAUAUCCCUAAGGCGGCUGCGCCUCGGGCUUACUAG